AUGUUCGGUGGUUUCGGUGCUGCGAGCAACUACGCCAGCUACAUCGACCCCUUCAAAGAAAGACCCCAGCCCGAUCCCCCGACGCACGUCGGCCUGCCCAACUACGCCAGACAAGAAAACUUGAGAAUAAGAGACUGGCACGAUGAGUCUGACCGUCCCAAUUUGCGCCGCGAUUUCGUCGAGUCACGCAAGGUCUCAGACAUCACAGCAAAGUUCUACGCCGACCUGAACAUCCGUUUUGCCAUACCAUGCCCUGUCGAUCAGCUAGUCCCAACAGACCACGAGAGUCGUCCGUACAUGCCGUCUAAUGAUGAGGAAUGGAACAUGACCAUGGCCGAAAACACAAAUAAUAACCAGGGCAAUUUCGUCACCAGACUUGUCGAGUUGAAGACCGAGAACGACAUUGCCUACCGAACCGUCACUCGCACAAACCUCCCUGAAGGCUUGACCAAGAUUCGUCUCAGUGACUUUCGCACAUUUUUCACGGCUCUCCACAGCAUGAGCGAGCACUGGGAAACAGAUCUUGACGACUACUUCGUCUUGGAUGACGACGGCAAAAGCGUUCGUGAAGAAGAUCACCCAGAAUACGCUGAUCCCGACAUGACGAUUGACGUGCGGAAUCUGGAAGAGCCUAUUGACCUUGGUCCUGCUACACCAUUAACCUACAGCGAACUCAUCGCAAGAGACCAGGGAUCUCCGCCGCUCUCAAAGGUCAUCUCUCAUGGCUCUGAUGCGUCUUCGGACGAUUUCUUGCGUGAAUUAUACCGUGGUAGACGCACCUCUACCGGCAGUAAGAUGCCUUGGGUUUACCGCAUGGACGUAAUCAAAGGCUUCAUGGAAGCAGCCGCCUUUCCUUUCCGCUGCAAGCUCGGUCCGCCGCGCGUACAUCCUACUCUUCUGUUGAGCGGCGUACGCUUGCCUGUCAACUACCAGUCGUUCAUGGUGCACCGUGUGCCGAAAGAGAAGGAGAAGAGACACAUGGUACAAGGGCCACUCAUGGCUGCGUACGUCCGUAAAGAGCUGGAAGACUUUGACUCGGGAUCUGAUGACGAGAAGCGAGACAAGCUACGGUUGGACCAGCUGAAGGAGGUUGGCAGUCUCUUGCACCUUGCACAAGAAAGACGGCGACAAGGCCGUGAAGAAAAGAUUUGGGCAAAGCCAAUCCCAAAAAGUGGAAAAUACUGGUUCAGCGAGAUGGCCUCGGAUGCGGCAGAGCCAGAAACGCCUGAUAUGGAUGAUGCCAACGAUCUCAUUGCUGCAGCAUUGGGCAAAGAAGCCGCUGCUCAAUUUGCAAACGGAAAGAAAAAGAAGAGGUCGCAGUACGAAAUCUGGAAAUCCAUGGAGCCAAUGAGGUCUUUCUGGGACCCUAACAGCGAGUAUCAAGCGAUCGGUAAAGAAGAGGGUAGCGAGUGGGACACGGUCUACGUGCUAUCAAGCAUGUACUAUCAUGUCUCAAUCCUUAAGCUACGAGUACACGGUGCCUACCUCGACUUUGUGGCCACCGGCAACUUCCCGGAGAAGAUUCCUGAGGACAAGGACUGGUGUCAUCCAGUGCUGCAACGCUCCAAGUGGUUCGACUUGUUUAACGUUAAGGACAGGAUAGAAGCAUUCCGUUGCCUCUGGGGUAUCAUGUGCUACCUGACCAGAUGA